AUGGCUGGUGAAUCAAGAUUUGCAACUUUGAGUAGUGAGGAACUACAAGCGAUCCUAGAGAACCGCGAUAGUUCUAACACAAAACAAUGUAUAGAUUCAGCGAAACGAAUUUUCAUUACAUACUGCACUGAAAAGGGACUGAUAGUGGACAACGUACUGCAAAAAACAAAAGGUGAAAUUGCUGAAAUUCUGAUCAACUUUUACGCUGAACUCAGAAGAAAAGAUGGUGAAUUGUAUAGUAGAUCUUCCAUGAUCAGCAUCAGGUUUGGUUUGCAGAGAUUUUUCCAAAAAAUUAACUAUGACAUUAUUAAUGACCCAGAUUUUCGUCUAUCAAACGAAAUGUUCAAGGCAGUUUUGACAAACAUCAAACGAACUGGAAAGGGAACCACUCAGCACAAGGAAGUUAUCAGCGAUGCUGACAUGGCAACAUUGUAUAGCAGCGGCGUCCUAACCGGAAAGAGUCCGCAGGGGUUGCAGUAUAAAGUUUUUCUUGAUGUGAUGUUCUACACAUGUAGAAGAGGAAGGGAAAAUUUGAGAAGUAUGAAGAAAACUGAUUUUGUUUUGAGGACAGAUGGCCAAGGAAGGAGAUAUUAUCUAAAUGUCGCUCAGUAUGAAACCAAAAAUCACAGAGGAAGUGAUGUUAAUGACUAUGAUGCAUCUUCAGCAAGAAUAUAUGAAAUACCAGGUGAUGAGAAGUGCCCUGUGUCUAGCCUGGAGAAAUACCUUGCAAAGCUGAAUCCAAAUUGUGAAAGUUUUUGGCAGAGACCGAAGCGCCAUAUCAAAGAUUCGGAUGCUGUUUGGUAUGAUAAUUCUCCAGUAGGUCAUAACACUUUGGGAAAUUUUAUGAAAACAAUUUCUAUGAAAGCUGAACUCUCAACUCUGUAUACAAACCACUGCAUACGUGCCACGUGUAUUACUAGUUUGGAUCAGCGUGGGAUAGAAGCUAGACAUGUCUGUAAGUGGACAUAAGUCGGAAACCUCGAUAAAAAGCUAUUCAAGAUGUGUAAGUGAAUCCAAAAAGCAAGAAAUGUUUGAUGUUUUAUCAUCUGUGGUUUAUCCAUCACCAAAGCUAGGGCUAGAAAACCCAGUUGUUCCAACACAUUCUAGUACCGAUACUUCAGAAACUCAGCUCUUGGAUUUAAAUAACUGUGAAUUUGAGACUGUCAGUACCGAAAAAUUGCUUUCUGAAGUCCUGGUUGAUGAAAAUAGUUCAGAUUUGUUUGUUCCAGAAGAAAAAGAGAAUGUUAAAGUUGACAAAAUGCCUCAAAACUCUUGUGGUCCAGUAUUUAGAAAUGUCGGACAAGUGCAUAUUCACUAUUAUGUAGGAAAGGAACAACAAAA